CAAAUCCCAUAACCGACGUUAGGACAAUUAAAUAAAUAGUCCUAGAACUGAUGAAAACGUCUGGUACUCGUAUAAACUUCUCUGGCAACUCUAAUAUGGCAGAUCGGACUCGAUAUAGCAAGUCUCAGCUCGAGAAGUACUACGAUCGGAUUGCCUUCCCGGCAUCUGAUCGUCAGUACGACAUCAGCAACCUCUCGUCUGAAGAUCAACAGUCCUACCUCGACACUUUGACAAAACAACAAAUUCUCACAGUUCCCUUUGAGAACCUUACUCUUCACUACUCAUGGCAUCGCAUCGUCGACGUCAACGCCGAUCAUCUCUACGAUAAGAUCGUGAAUGAGAAACGAGGCGGUUAUUGCAUGGAGAACAACACUCUAUUCAACACGGUUCUUCUCUCCCUAGGUUUCCAUACAUAUAUGGUUGGAUCAAGGGUCUUUAACCCUGAUGCUGGGAGGUUUGGAGGUACUUCACAUUGCCUCAGUUUGGUGAAUAUUGCUGGGAGGACAUAUGCCGUUGAUGUUGGCUUUGGGGCACGGAAUCCGACUGAACCGUUGGAAGUUGAGCAUGAACGUAUUCACAAGGGAUCAAGCGGUUUUCAAAUGCGAUUGCGGCAUGAUAUUAUCGCACAAAAUGUCAGCAAUCAAAAGCUCUGGAUAUACGAAUAUCGAUCCCACGAUGGAGGCGAGUGGGUUCCUCAAUGGUGCUUCAUGGACUAUGAGGUUUUGCCUGAAGAUAUUCGAGUCUUCAACAUGUCUCCUUCUAAAAGUCCUUCAAGCUUCUUCACUUUCAAGGUUGUCAGUGUGCAGUUCACUUCUGAGAAGGAGGAUUAUUCAGACGGAAACGCUAGGAACUUGAAAAACGUAGGUGGUGUCAUUGAUGGUGCCUUUAUCAUCGACGGAAAUUUAUUCAAGUAUAGAAAGGGUGGAGAGACUAGAUGGGAAAAGACUUUCAAGACGGAGGAAGAGAGACUAGAAGCUUUGUGGAAGUAUUUUGGUGUAGAGUUGACGAAGGAGAACGAGAGGGCUAUCAGAGGAACUGCGGGCGCUAUACCAUAGAAUUACAUCAUAGCCGUUGGUGUUAGGAUAUACGCUCAUGUCGCUUGCAUGAAAUCUUU